AUGGCAAGCGAUUCAAAUGAAUCCAUUUCUACAAAUUAUAAAACAUUUAUACAAAUAUUAUUAAUCUGCAGCAUUAGCAAUUAUUUUGCUUAUGUCCAAGCGAAAUAUUUGGAGGAUAACUAUCCAAAAAAGGUUAUAGAAGAUGCACAUUUAGAUACGGCCCAACUUAUAGAAAAAUACAAAUAUCCGAUAGAAACUCAUUAUGUUACCACUAACGACAAUUAUAUUUUACGUUUGCAUCGCAUUGCAAAUCCUAAAGCACCACCAAUUUUAUUUAUGCAUGGUCUGGUCGAUAGUUCAGCCACCUGGGUACUAAUGGGACCAAAUAAGGCACCCGCUUAUUAUUUCUUUGACAAUGGCUACGAUGUUUGGUUGGGUAAUUCUCGCGGUAAUCGUUAUUCGCGCAAUCAUACAACUCUCGAUCCCAAUACUGAUCAAGAAUUUUGGAAAUUUAGUUGGCAUGAAAUUGGUUUCUAUGACCUACCCAUUAUAAUAGAUCAUAUUUUGAAAGAGACUGGUUUUAAGAAAAUUGCUUACUUUGGGCAUUCCCAGGGAACAACCGCCUUUUGGGUUUUAUGUUCUCUUCAACCUCAAUAUAAUGAGAAAAUAACCGUAAUGCAUGCUCUGGCACCGGUUGCUUAUUUAAAACAUAUUAAGACACCUUUGAUAAAACAUUUUCGAGAAUUUGCUAAAGCUUCCAAAGAUCGAGUAAGAGAAUUUUUGCCUCGUAAUGUAAUGAUGUUUCAGAUGUGUUUCAUUUCGCAAAUGACCGAGAAUAUGUGUAUACAAUUUUUAAAUCAACUGAUGGGCAAUGAUGGAGAACAAACAAAUUCGACCAUGUAUCCUGUAAUUUUUGGUCAUGUACCAGCCGGUUGUAAUCUUAAACAGUUUGAUCAUUAUCUUCAAAUAGUAAAGAAUGAUCGUUUUUGUCAGUAUGACUAUGAACGUGAGGAAAAUAUGAAACGUUAUAAUCAUUCUAUACCACCAGUUUAUCCCUUAGAGAAGGUAAUAGUACCCGUUGGCUUGCAUUACACAUACAAUGAUUAUUUGAGUAGUGAUAUAGAUGUCAAACGAUUGGCUGAGAAAUUGCCAAAUGUCGUGGAAAAUGUUUUGUAUCCCUAUAAAACGUGGAAUCAUAUUAGCAUGUUGUGGGGUGUAGAUGCCAGGAGACUCGCUCAUGAACGAAUGUUAAAGUUAUUAAAGAAAUAUCCAUUUGAAUAGGUGGCGAAAAGUAAAAACAAUUAAUUAAUUUUAUGAA